UCAACGUAACAAAAAUAAAAAAAAACUGUUUCUCUUUCAAACUGACACGAUACAUCAGUAUUAUUUUUUAACAUAAUCUAAAACGCUCCCUUAAUGGAUCCUCUUUCAAAUUGAUGCGGACUUUAAGGAGCAUACAUACUGUAUAUACCAUUUUUCUUAUUUGACAAUAACAUUAUUUGCUUUCAAGAUAAAGCGUUGUCUGGAUGAAGAACUCGCACAGCUAACUGAUCUUUUUAUAUUUAUCCAAGGAUAUAAUUUCUUGUGUUAACGAAACGAAUCAGAGGCUGUGAACUCUUUGAUUUUCUAGCUGCGGAACGCGAGUAUGUUUUUUGAAGUAAGUAAUCUCAAUCACAGCUUCAAUCUGAGCGGAGAAGAUCCAUUUUCAUCUCUCGACCAAGAAUGGGGCGAAGGGUCAGAAGAGAAAUUAUCCAGGACAGGACAUACUGUGGUGUCUGUGUUUUUGGGAUCUAUUCUGAUUUUUGGGUUCUUUAAUAACCUAAUCGUGCUCGUCCUAUUCUGCAAGUUUAAAACUCUGAGGACACCCGUGAACAUGCUUCUGUUAAACAUCAGUGUGAGUGACAUGCUCGUCUGUGUCUUUGGCACCACACUGAGUUUCGCUUCGAGUAUCCGAGGAAGAUGGUUAGUAGGAAAACAAGGCUGCAUGUGGUAUGGCUUUAUCAAUUCCUGCUUUGGCAUUGUGUCCUUGAUCUCACUGGCAGUGCUGUCUUAUGACCGCUACAGCACCUUAACGGUCUACAACAAGCAAGUCACAGACUACAGGAAGCCCCUCCUAGCAGUAGGGGGCUCAUGGUUGUACUCCUUGAUGUGGACAGUACCUCCACUCCUGGGCUGGAGCAGCUACGGUCUUGAAGGAGCUGGAACAAGUUGUUCUGUAACCUGGACAGCUAGGUCACCCCAAUCAAUAUCCUACAUUAUCUGUCUCUUCAUCUUCUGCUUAGCUGUUCCGGUUCUGGUCAUGGUCUAUUGUUAUGGGCGCCUUCUAUAUGCAGUGAAACAGGUUGGGAAAAUCAGAAAGACUGCAGCCCGCAAAAGAGAAUACCAUAUCCUUUUCAUGGUGAUUACUACGGUAGUGUGCUACUUGCUAUGCUGGAUACCUUAUGGAGUGGUUGCAAUGCUAGCAACAUUUGGUAGACCGGGAACUGUAUCACCCAUAGCCAGUGUUGUGCCUUCUAUUUUAGCAAAGAGCAGCACGGUCUUCAACCCAUUGAUAUACAUUCUUAUGAACAAACAGUUUUAUGGAUGUUUUCUCAAACUUUUUCACUGCAAGCAAAGAUCAAGUGCAAAUGGACCAUUCUCGCUACAGUCAAGGACUACUGUUAUCCAACUUAAUCGUAGAGUGUACAACAACACAAUAGAUGGAACUGUUCAGAUAAACACAGCUGAUGAAGACCGUGAAGGUACACCUCCCAUGAAAGUAAAAUCAAAUCCUCCAGAAAUGAAUCCCUGACUUCUUGCUUAUUUGUAUACCUGUCAAGUCGAAAAUUUUCAGCAAGCAAGUAGGAAGGGACAUCCUCACCUUUCAACUCAUGUUGGAUAAGUCUGGUUUCAUACUGGGAUCACAUUGUAUAACAGUACCAGUUCAUAGCAUUAGAAUUUGAAUGUUAAUAUCUUUAACCAGGAAGGUUGAAGAUUUUAUCUAAUUUGAAAAUAUUAUUUCACUGUUCUGUAGAUGUAUAUUGUCUAAUGGGCAUUUAAACUGAAUUGCCUAUAUUGUGAAGAACAUAUAACAUAUAAUAAAGUGCCAUAAUUUACAAGCCACAUGAAACUGCAUAAAGCAAAAAUAUUUCCAAAAUAGUUUGACAAUACAAGAAGCAUAUUUCGACCUUUUCAGAAAGCAUUGUGAAAUAGGAAUUCACUGGUGUUUCUGUGAACCAUUGUUAUUCAUUACUGUUACUGCCUUUCACUGGAUUUGAAGGCAUGCAUAGUAUUUACCAUGAAAUAAUCUAAUUAUUUAUCAAUCUAGUUAUGAAGCAAAUCUGAAGAAUCAAUAAAAUCUAAUCAAAUAAAAACUGAACCAUGUAAAGACUACCUAUAAUAUUUUGGGAGUGUGGAGACUGGACUAUCAUAAUAUAAUGACUUCAUAACAAAUAACUUCUUGUAACUGAAAAAUCCAUUAGCAGUAAUUAUUUGUACUGGGGAUAUUUUUGGAAAAACUGUGCUGUACAUUAAUUUCAUGCAGAUUAUUCAGUACCACCUCACCGAUGUAACAUAACUGAGUGAAAGUCUGGUGUAUUUUGGUUUUGUACCUAGAUAAGACAAGCAAAUAAUGUCUAAUGUUGUGUUACAGCAAAUUAAAUUGCAGAUGACAUCUAAAAUAAACCACAAGAUGUUCAAUAAGUGGUACUGCAGGUAUUAGAGAACCCUGGGAAGUACUGGGGUGUUCUGAAACUACCAUAAACACUCUUAACAUCAUGAGCAGUGUUUAAAAAAAGUGUCAAAACAUGAUUAAUUUAUAAAAAAAAUGUAAAUUGAGGUAGAUAAUUCCAAGCAACAUGUACUCUGAAGACAUAUGAAAAAGGACUGUAGGUAAUAUGAUGUCUUCAACAUAUGUGUAUAGGUUUCACAUUGGUGAUGCCUAAUUAUAGCUGAAGUUUGCUGAAAACAAAUAGUGUUGUGUGAAUUGUCUAUCCUGGCACAGAAUCAAGACAGGUCACAAAUGCCAUUAACAAUUUACAAGAGCAAUUGUCAUGAGCUUUUCCAGUACUGAAGAACUAUAUUGGGAAUAUAAUUAAUUAUAGUACUCAGUUUUUUGUGAUGUUAUGGUAUGUAGAACUGCAAGAAGAUUUGAGCUCUUUUAGUACUCUGCUUCAAAAGUAAGUUUUGCAUUGUCCAUCUCCAAAAGUAUUUUGGAACUGAAAGGAAAUAGAUUUGUGAUUUGUGAUCUGAUCUGUAAUGUGUGCCAUAUUUCAUAAUAGCUACAAAACACACAGAAAAAUAUAAUUUCACUUUAAAAUGUAUUAAUAUAUGAAUUUGUACUACAUGAUUUUUAUGGAUAAAAUUGUCUUGGAAAAAGUGAAUACUUUAUUAAGCACUUCAAAGACUGCACAACAGCAAAGCAACAGUUUUAGGCUCUAGAAAAUCAUUGAGAGAACAUAUGCAAAACUGGAUUUCGUUCAGAUAAAUGUAAAAUAUAGGUCUGAAAUACAACUUUUUUAAAAUGAUGUUAAGUAACAUCGAAAGGAUAUUUUUAUCCAUUAUUAUAUAAUAACAUCAUCUUAUUAAAACACAAAUCGUAAUCAAAUUCAGGUAAAUGUCUUCUCCACUCUGAUAAUACCAAAUAUAAACUUUGUUCAACAGAAAUGCUAAAAUUACAUUGUCCUAAACUUCUAUAAUAAACAUCAAGAAAUAUUUUGACAAGUUCCUAGAUUACACUAGAUUAUUAUCUACCUUUCAGUAUAUACAUACAGUAUAACCACCUGGUAAGUACAUCUGACAUCAUGCUGUUAACUUCCAAUGUUACACUGACUGCAGGCUCCAACGUGAUGCCUAUGAAGAUAUUAUGCAACAAUUUGAAAUUCAGUAAUGGUAACGCCAGCUGCUUUAUAUGGAUAUCUUUAAGAUGGUCAUCCACAGCUUGGAGGUUAGGUUCACUAAGCAGGUUAACAAACUUUGUGUUCUUUUCAACCAUAGUUUUCAUCUUAGUCUAAUGCCAGAAAUAUGGCAGGAGUGUCUUUCUAUCAACUGUCUGUUCAAAACCUAACUGCUAAUCAUAUCCAGUCCCUACAUUAAGCAGCCAAUUCUAUCUGAAAAAAAAAAUCUGAAGGUGGGCGAAAAAAAUAUCCCUCUUCGCUAAGUUCACUUACAUAAUAUAGCCACGAGGUUAAACAUGUGUAAGUACUGUGAGAACGAUAACCCUAAACCUAGCUGGGGGCUAGAUUGAGCAACUAUGUAAUCGGUCUCUGAAGCCCUCUAUUCAUCAGAUCUGAAAAUCUUUCUCAAUCCAAAAGGCAUGAGCCUAAAACAAUCAAAUCCAUUAAUAAAAUUCUUGUCAAUUCAUCUUCUUCAAUAAUUUAUGUUCUUUAGGCACAUUUUCAAUCAAUUGAAAAACAGGGUUAGGUUUACCAUAUCCAUUCAAGUUUUACUCCAUUUAUACUUUAUUAUAAUGACAAAAUUGAAAGAGCUAAACAAUGGAAUGGGUGACUUGUAAUUAGAUUUAUUAUUCUAAAACCUCUUAUAAAGAUUUUACAAAGUUUUCUAAAUCAAACACAAAUACAAAGGGUUUUAGAACUUGUUAAUUAGUAUCAUUUUGAAGCAUUAAAUUUGGUACUUCAAUACACAUUAUUUAAACUUUCUCUUAAAAAGCUCUAUAACAAGGAUGUUUGCAAACAUUCUUUUUUCAGUCCUCCAAAAUAAUAAUCUUACAACAUAUAAACAUAUUUUUAUACUAUACUACAGACAUAUCUACUGGAAGUAUUCAAUACACAUGACAAUCGCUGAAUC